AUGUUAAAUGCUGGUCAACAAUCAGCUAAUCCAAACUCACAAGUAGAAGCUCGACAACAACCACUUGGACCAAAUUCUCAAGGACAACAGCCAAUGAAUCUAGGUGGAAUGGGAUUAUCCAAAGAUUCUAACUUAGGACAAAAUCAAGCAGGUCGACAAUAUUAUCCAUAUCAAAGUCCAUAUGGUGGUUACGGAUCACAAGGUGGUGGUUACGGAUCACAAGGUGGUGGUUAUGGAUCACAAGGUGGUGGUUAUAAUCCAUAUGGUUCAGGGCAAUAUUCGCCAUAUAAUCAGGGAAUGGGACAAUAUGGUUCUUAUAACAGUCCGUAUCAAGGCUCGGGUGGUUACUAUUCAGGUUAUAACAGUGGAAGUUAUAAUCGUCCUGGUUAUCCAUCGAAUCCUUAUCAAUCAGGAGGUGGUAAUUAUGGUGGUUACAAUUGGAAUGCUGCUCACAAGCAAAAUGUUAACAUUUUCAAUGUUUUUCUUUCUUCCUUACUUGCAUUAGGUAUCUGUUUUUUUAUUGCCAUUUGA